AAUGUAGAUAGUCGGCGUCAGAUCUCGCCAUCCAUCAGGGGAAGAACAUAUAUAAACAUGAUAAAAACAUAUUACACUUCACCUAACGACCACAGCAAUUGACGCGCCCGGAAUCACUAGUCAAUCAAUCAAUUAAUCUGAUGAGAGUAAAAACUGUUUAGUUCAGAACACAAUAAUUGCAUGAACUACCUCUGUUGAGGUUAGAGAAUUUUACGAAGAGCAUUGCGUGUUGAAAGAUCUGUCCGUAAGCAAUUGUUAAUUUAUAGAAACGUGUUAAUUUAUUUAGCAUUAUUGAUGUUCACAAAAAUAAACUCACCAAACAAACAAGGAGGAGGAGUCACGACUGUAAAACGGGUUGUGUGCGUGUAUCACUGCUGGAAAUCGGAGCUUUAUUCUUAUCGCAGGCGGGACUAGUUUUGCUGCAUACGCUUCUGACUGUUCGUGAACACGUGUACCAUUAAAGAGGAGCCUGGAGCAUUCGACAAAUGUGAUUUGUGGUCGCAAAUGAAUGCUAUGCUAAUUUGUUUACAUCAGAAUAAUAAUUAGGCUGAACCAAUGAGUAUAAAUGGGCUGAACAAAUACUCAUUUGCAUGCACCUUGGGUAUGACUGGAGUUGACAGUGGAUGGCGUUGUGUAUCUGCAUCCCCUAUGGUGAUUGUAGGGUAAAAACUGUUAGGAAAUGAUACUGUUGUUUACCUUGUAUUAAAAAAUUCAUUUACAUCAAAUAUGUGUGAGAAAACGCAAGGGAAAAGUGUGAUUGGAUAUUGGAUGUCAGAGAAGAAAAGGCAGAAACUCAAUUGGAUGGAGUUUGGUAAAGUGUGCAGGAAACAUGGGUACGAGUUAGUCAAGUUGGAUCUGUCCCUGCCUCUAGAAGACCAGGGGCCUUUCUGCCUCAUCCUGCACAAACUGACAGACAUCAUAGCUCAAGGAGAAAAGGGUGAUGUGAAGGCUCAGGAAAUGAUCCGAAGAGUGGAGGAGUACUUCCGCGGCCAUCCCGAAGUGGCUGUGCUGGAUCCUUUGGACAAUGUGCGGAAGCUUCUAGACCGAAGCAUUUCGUAUAGCGUCAUUCACAAUUCAGGCUUAGAGAAGGCAGAUGUGUUUACUCCAACUUUUGUGGAAUUGGUCUCUAAUGAUUACGUAGAGAAUCUCAGAAAGUUGAAGCAAGCUGGAAUAAGUUUUCCUUUUGUAUGUAAACCAUCUUUUGCCCAUGGUUCGAGCCAAGCUCAUCAGAUGUGUGUCAUGUUCAACGAAGCUGGAGUGAGGGACUGUCGCCCACCCUGUGUUGCCCAGAGCUUCAUUAACCACAAUGCCGUCCUCUACAAGAUCUAUAUUGUUGGGGAACAGCACUAUGUUGUCGAGAGGCCUUCCCUGAAGAACUUUUAUCCCAGUGAUCACCCCACUAUCUCCUUUGACGCGCAUCAAGUUUCGAAGCCAGACUCCAAGUCAUCCCUGAGCAUUCUGGACCCAGAGGAUGCGGCUUUUCCAACACCCAAGCCAGACCCUGACAGGCUCACACUGAUAGCCUCGACUGUGCGCCAAGCGUUGGGAAUGUCACUCCUGGGAGUGGAUGUGGUUGUGGAAAACUCGACAGGGAAGCUGGCUAUCAUCGACAUAAACGCUUACCCAGGAUACGAUGGCUACCCAGAUUUCUUUGACCAUCUCAUUGCGUGUAUCACCCAGACGCUGUCGGAACACGAUGCCUCUGCCCCCACAGUGUCUUCCUACUCCUCACAAUCUUCGUCUUCCUCUUCACCCAACAAGAUUUCUUCCCUGGAUGACUUUGCCAAGCCCAACCGCAUUGCUCACUUUGCGUCUGGUGCGACCUGCGACCAGGAUGAUUCUGGUUUUGACACUGGAGAUUCCAGUGAUGAAAAAAAGAAGCAAAGGGAGCAGCAGGUUGCCAGGCAACGGGUGACUGUUUCGCGAAAGUGAAUUUUGCAAGUGCGAAAACAACCUUCCUCAUGAAAUAAGGUUAGUGAGUACCAGAAGUGGCUACACAUUUGUUGUUGUUAAUGGUUGGUACCUUUGAGGUGUGUUGUGUGACCGCAUGGUUGUACCGUCUUAUUGUCACAACAACUACUAGAAUUGGGUUUAAUUAUGAUUUAUCUUAGAAGAUGCUUCAUGGAAAAUUUUUAUAAAUUUGAUGUUAUAAAGGAAAUAAGGUUCACAAAUCAGUUACAAUUAUAUUGCUUCUGAAUACAAAAGUUUUCAGAAUUCACUUUAUUAGUUGCAAUGAGGACGUUUUGCAGUUGAAAUGUGUUUUCUUCAUAAUUUGAAGAAAGAAACUUGGAGAGUACAUAUAUAUAUAUAUAUUGUUAGAUAGUACAAGUUGUCAUAAAGACUAGAUCUUGUCUCGAAAAUGGUUUUCUUCUAAAGUAAAAUAAUGGAAAAUAAUUUGAAUUUUGAAGGCACAUAUGUGUCCACAACUUUCUCUUUUGCCAGUGAAUGAAUGUUUGAAAUUUUGAAAUUCAAAGAAAUGAAAUUAUGAAUCUGGACUAUUAUUUUUUAUUACCAUAAAGUGCUCUGAAAUAUGUUUUGCUGUGGGUUAUGUAAAAUCUCAUGGAGAAAACCAUUUAUCAGUCUUGAAUUUAAAAUAAUUCUAAAAAAUAUUAAUGAAUCAAAGGAGACUGGAACCAUGUGUAGUGUUUACACAAACUUUGAGUUAAGCCUAAAAGUGGCAUCUAUUUCUUGACUUUUUCUGUUAAGUGUUACACUAGUUUUGAUUAUUGUUUAUUGAAUCAGUCUGUUUACCUGAAUUCAUGAAUUGAAAGUUUGAUGUUCUAUUGUAAAGCUUGUCAUAUGCUUGUUGCCUAAUUUGGAAAAUAU